GAGUUGUCGAGUUGUAAGACCUCUGUUAUCUCGGCGAGAUGCGAGUCGCUCGCGCCGCACUCUCAUAUCGCGCUUGAUAUUACAACCUGACAUAAACUCUGGUUUUUGGAAACAGAAAGCCACAGCCAAGUAGUCACGAUCGUUCGGCGCCGCAUGCAUAGUGUUUCUGUGCGUGGUUCAAAUAGUCAAGUGCCUACACUUUUACUAACUCUCACUUUUAGUAUCGCUUAAUAUGAGUGCGGGUACCGUUAAUAACUACAGUACAAUAGAUCUCACGAAAUCAAACAUACGGCUUACGGACAACAUAGAGAAUAAGACGUGGCGCGCGAAAACUAAGAGUUUUUUGAAACAUUUAAAGUAUUUACUUUGUGAAACAACUGUGGAACCAUGUCUGUUUUUUUAUAUGAUGUGCACUGCGUUAUCGUCAUUCACCGUACAAAAUAUGCAUUUGGAAAAAUCGUGCCGCAUAAAUUUGAAAUUAGGUGAUGAAGUAUGCGAUCGCAUCAAGAACAGAAACACAACAGGAUUGGAAUUGGAAUUAAAUCAGGUGCAAACAUUAGUAGCUCAGGUAGUAGCUUGGAAGUUCCCCCUUCAAACCGCAAUACCAGCUGUAAUGGUCCUGUUUGUUGGUGCAUGGAGUGAUAAGACGAAGAAACGAAAAAUUUGUAUCCUGUUUCCAUUCCUUGGAGAGAUAAUUGCGAAUAUCGGACUUAUAUUUGCUACCUUUUUUAAAUUAUCUCUAACCGUGACUGCUCUUAUAGAAGCAUUGCCAUCAGCGUUCACUGGUAGCUAUAUUAUCAUAUUUAUAGGAAUGUACAGUUUUAUGGCUGAUCGGACCUCAGUGGAAAGCAGGACGUUUCGUCUAGGACUUGUAACUAUUUGUGUUACUUUAGGCACACCAACUGGGACUGCCCUGAGUGGGAUACUCUUACAGGUUUUAGGUUACUACGGAAUGUUCUCAAUGCUAAUAAUACUUUAUUCUUCAUCACUUCUGUAUGGUUUUAUACGACUUGAAGAUAUUUUACCAAUCGAAGAUAACGUAACGUCAGACUGUGGGAAUGGUAGUUUCAAGAGAUCUGUUAAGGAGGUGUUCGGUCUGGUUGCCAACACUGUGUUAGUGGUUUUCAAACCUCGUGCUUUUGGGAUGAGAAAAAGAAUAUUGGCAGUUAUCGUCCUUUACGUUAUUAUGGUGGGACCGUUGUAUGGUGAUUCUCAAGUCGGUUAUUUGUAUGCGAUACAUAAAUUUAAAUUUCAUGAAAUCGAGUACACAUUGUAUGGAACUAUAAAUAUCAUUUUUGGAAUGUCUGGAACAUUCUUUUGUAUAACCCUUUUAUGCAAGAGGUUGCAUGUGCAGGACAGCCUUAUCGGUCUCCUUGCAGGAGUAAGCAGGAUAGCUGGUUGUUUGGUGUUAGCCUUCGCUCCGAACAGAGCCUGGUACUAUUCGGCACCUAUUUUCAGUAUAUUCAGUCACACUGGUCUCACCGCGGUGAGAUCCAUAGCUACCAAAAGUGUUCCGGGUGACGAAGUCGCCAAAUUAAGUUCAGUGAUUGGUGUAAUGGAAGCAAUAGCGCCUUCAGUGUACAUGCCGACAUCGAGUUUUAUAUACGUCAAUACCUUGGACACGUUUCCUGGCGCCUUUUAUUUGUUCGACGCCAUGCUCACUGUAUUCGCCUUAAUAUUAUUUUCAUAUAUAUACGUUUUGGUGAGACGAAUUGAGAGGGACAUGGUUAGAGAUCAUAGCAGGAAAGAGGAAUUCGCUAGAACCAAUGAAGUAUCUAGAUUUUAGCACAGAAUAUUAAUUCGUUCGUUGAAAUAUAUUAUUUUAUUCCAAUUGUUGAUGUUGAUGAAAAAGUCUUAUUUUCAUUAUCGUUAACAAAGUUAUGACUGAUAUUUAUUGUAAGUGACUAAAUAAUUAUCGAAUUUGUUAUGUAAUAAGUUAUUUUCAAUUAUAGUGUGAAUUUUAUAUAGAUUACAUAAAGCUUAAUUAUUAAAUUGUUUAGUAAUGAAAUGGCUUUAAACUAUACUAUUUGAUAUUGAAAUGAGUAAAUCUUAAAAAAAAAUUAUAAAUACAUUAGAAUACAAAGAAUUAAUAACUUUAACUCCUGAUAGUUUAAUUUGUUCAGUUACCAUUACUUCGCCGAUCGCUUUCUUGAUUACGUACGCGUAUUUUAAAAGUAUGUAAAGUGACGUUUUACCUUUACUUAUGAUAAUGUUAUAAUAAUUUCAUAUAAUUUUAUAGUAUUGAAUA